CCGAGAGUCAGAAGUAAGUUCACAGCAAUAGGAGGUCGUACUGAGAUCUUACCGUGUCGUCAUGUAAGUCUGACUUUAUUUUAGUUACUUAAUUGAAAAAGGCACUUUAUGAAAGAGCGCAACUUGAGCCAGCCUUUUGUCUCCCAAUUCAGUUAGGCUACUGGAAGCGCAACGAAAGGAACCAAAUUUCUUAAAUAUAAAAAUGCGUCUCACUGACACCUUCAUUUACGCGUUUGCGCAUGUAUGUUUAUUAAGUUGCAUAACACACACUGCCACUUCACAGCGCCAAGGAUCACCGGCUCUUAGACAAACCAUACAAUGGCAACACAACGGCAAACUUUUUAGUAUAUUAAGUCAAGGUUCGGAAUAUCAGGCACCGGUCAAACGAGACGGAGAACAGACGCAAGCCAGACAGAUAGCCAUCGUUCGCAAUGAUGAUGCGCCUGACAGGUCGACUGCACGAGCGUCCCAGAGCCGCGGGUCCGAGCGUCAGCAGCCAGGUAUAGGUGCGCACGGCGCGCGCUGGUUAUCAGGUGGACGCGCGGGGCGCAUCAGGGAGUCACCUGAGCGCAGGAAUCACACGGACCAACUGCAAAUAUCGACCAACGAUACAGUCCCGCAGAAACCACCUCCGUCUGUGAACGGUAGCAGACGGGGCGAUGAUGUUAUGGUUGGGGAUGAUCCAUACAACCCGUACAAGUCCACAGAUCCAGACAACCCGAAUUAUAACUAUUACGACACGUACGACAGACCUCCUCCAAGACAGCGCCCGGGAUAUGGAACACGGUACUUUCAGAAUGGUUUGCCUGAUCUUGUGGCAGACCCGUACUACAUCCAAGCGUCCGCCUACGUGCAGAGAGUUCCAAUGUACAAUCUCAGAUGCGCCUCCGAGGAGAACUGCUUGGCAAGCUCGGCGUACAGCUCCAGCGUGAGAGACUAUGACACGCGUAUGUUGCUGAGGUUCCCGCAGCGAGUCAAGAACCAAGGCACCUCCGACUUCCUUCCCAGCAGACCACGCUACACCUGGGAAUGGCACAGCUGCCAUCAGCACUACCACAGCAUGGAUGAGUUCAGUCAUUAUGAUCUGCUGGAUGCCAGCUCUCAGAGAAGAGUCGCUGAGGGACACAAGGCAAGCUUCUGUCUGGAGGACACGUCCUGUGACUAUGGCUACUACAGACGAUACGCAUGUACCUCUCACACUCAGGGUCUGAGUCCAGGGUGCUAUGACACUUACAAUGCAGACAUUGACUGCCAGUGGAUAGACAUCACUGACGUGAAACCUGGAAAUUACGUCCUCAAGGUCAGUGUAAAUCCCAGUUACCAUGUGCCAGAGUCUGACUACAGCAAUAAUAUAGUCCGCUGUGAUGUUCGAUACACCGGAAACUACGCCUAUGUGUCAGGAUGUCAUAUUUCACACUACUAAAUCAUCUGGAUCAUCAAGCACGGUGACACGGAUGCCGGCCACGGGUCACCAAAAAUCAGCAGGGCAUUUUAAGUUAUUAUGCCAUAUAAUGUAAAACACCGGGGCAUACGUACAGUUCUACAGUGAAUUGCAGUAUUAUUUUUUUGUUCUUUAUUGCUUUGUUGUUUGCAAAAUGGAAAAAAGUAAGAAAAUUAUUUUAUAGGACGUAUCGUAAUGGAUUCCCUUAGAGAUGAUUUGGAUGAAAUGGUGGUUAUACUGGAGGAAACAGGCACACCGCACAUUUCAUUUACCACCAUUCUUUUAAUUUUCAUACAAAAGAAAACCUUUAGAUGCUGGUGAAUUAAUCCACACUGAGGUUUUUACAUAAAACAUGCUUUAUUGUGCUAGAGAAAUGGCAUCUGAGUACAUAUUUAUAUACAGAUGCUCAUAUUACCGCAGCACUUUUUUAUAUAUAGUGAAAAUUACUUGAAUAAAUAACUUUACACUCAA